AUGAUCGACCUGGGCACGGGAAACAACAACAAGAUCAACUGGGCGCUGGAGGACAAGCAGGAGAUGGUGGACAUUGUGGAGACGGUUUAUCGUGGAGCUCGCAAGGGCCGAGGAAACAAGCACAUCAUGAUCGACCUGGGCACGGGAAACAACAACAAGAUCAACUGGGCGCUGGAGGAUAAGCAGGAGAUGGUGGACAUUGUGGAGACGGUUUAUCGUGGAGCUCGCAAGGGCCGAGGGCUUGUUGUGUCACCCAAAGACUACUCCACCAAAUACCGAUACUAGUCACUCGCUUAGUCACUCGCUCAGUCACUCACUUAGUCACUCAGUCACUCGCUUAGUCACUCAGUCACUCGCUCAGUCACUCGCUCAG